AUGAACUACGGCCCUUCUCCAAACUCUCCUUUCUCUUGGGAUGCGGAUUUCUCCAAUAUUCUAUUUACCACAACCGCUGAAACCUAUCAGCACAUUCUUGACUGCAGCUGCAUUUUUCAUGUGACAACUUUUGCCCUUGGAAUACUGCUUUCGGUCCUUUUAUUCUACUUGAUCUUAAAAAAGACGGGGAAAAUGCUCAAAAACUAUCGGAUGAUGCUGAUUUAUAACUGCUUUGUGGACACACAGUUCUGUCUUUCGGCAUAUGCUUGUCAGUUUGUAAGUACAUAUAUCACUGCCCUUCAAAGAAAACUUGAUUUUAGUCCAUAAAAACGAUUGACAACUUGAUUAUCGCCUCAUUGGAAGGGCCUGGAAAGUAUUUGAACUUUGAUUGGCAAGUCGUUGUGAAUGCGUCAUUUGCAUUCAGUUUGAGUGUGGUUGUAACCAGUCUCCCUGCCAAUUAUUAUUACCGAUAUAGCUGUAUCAAACAGUAAGCACAAGACUGAACUUUUCUUUCUUUGAAAACAGUAACUUUAUUUUCUGUUUUAGCAAUCGACCUCUUACCGGCAGUCGAUUAUUUCUUUUGUAUUCUGGCGCUUAUAUUGCAGCAAUGCCGGUGACAUUCGGCUCAGGGAUUUCGUUUCACGAGGAUGGAAAAUCAAGGCCUGGAUUUAACUUUGGAAUGCUUUGGUAUGAAGUCAAACCCGUACCGUCGCUCAUGAUCAUAGAUUUUGUAAGACUUGAGGAGUUUUGAAGCGCUGAAACGUUAGAUAGAAAAACCUUAUGCAUUUAUAAACAUGUAUAUAUAGAAGUUCUUUUCCAGCGGCGACCGAUCACCAAAUCGUUCAUCAUCUACACCUUCCUUUGCUUUGGCCUUUCGUAUUUUUUAUCCGUCUUCUUUGCAAUAAAAACGAUGACAAUUAUCCGCAGCCAGCAGAGUCGUUACAGCAGCAAGGCCGUUCAGUUGCAAAAACAGCUUUCAACCGCUAUGUUCUUGCAGGUACCCGGAAUAUUUCAAACGAAAUGUAAUUUUAAGGCAGCUCUUCCAAUGUUUAUAUCCGUGGGUCCCUCUACCGUCACUAUCAUUCAAAUGGUAUUUGACCUGGAUUGGGACAUCCUGACACUCGUGAUGUUCAACUUAUACGCUCUGAUCCCGGUGCUGAAUUCGUUGAGUACGAUCAUGGUGAUUAGGCCGUUCAGAGAGGAGAUCAUAGGGAAGAUUCUGAGGAAAAACACGACCUUUUCAAUGACGGGUUCGAACACUAUGUAA